AUGACAGCUGCGAGUUCAUUCACGCUGCGCCCACUGGAACGCACCUCCGGGAGCAGCAGUUUAGACCAGGCCACCUUCCGUGUCCAUCUCUCAGCAAAGGAACUCAAAAAUCUAGGUCUUGCUGCUGGAGAUCGCAUCCGCCUGAGCACUGCCAAAGGAUUCCAUGGCUUCGCUUUAGCUUGGCUGGCUCAACAGACCAACCCUGGAAACAAGCCCAUCGCCAAAGUGUCCGAUCUGUUGCGCGAGAAGUAUGAUCUGGCUCUGACGGAUGCCAUCUUCAUCGAGAAAGUCCAGGAACCUCCAAAUUUUGCGACGUCGGUCGAGGUUAAGUUUUCACAAUCUUCGGACGCAUUGAAGAAGUAUGCUACGAGCGAUGAGCUCAAUUUCUGGACCAAAGCUGCGUUAGCGGAACUGGAUAUUGCAAUGCCUGGAUGCACAUUCGACGUAGAGAAGAAGCCUAAAUCAGUAUUCCCGGGUUCCAAACUACGCAUGACAGUCACGAGCGUGGACACCAACUCAGACGAACAGCAGCCCCUGGUUUUCCAUCCUCAAGAUUCUGAAUUGAUCUUUUCAAACGAGCCAACGCUCAACACUAUUCCCACAGUUGCUUCCAGUACAAUCCUACGUCUUGAUGGCGCGGGCAUCGGCGGAUUUUCUGAUCACAUCAACAACAUCAAUUGGGAACUCGCGUCCCUCUCUUUCCCGAGGUCAGAUGAUGAUCUGCGAGGCCCCACAUCGUUUCUUUUGCAUGGACCUGAAGGCUGCGGGAAAACCCUCUUACUCGAGCGGUUAUCGGAGGCACCCUGGCGUAAGGUUUACAGACUAGACGAUGAGUGGCUUGCUGCAAAUCGAAAGGAGCAAGCAGCAGCUCUCUCCGAAGACGUCUUUGAUGCUGCCCUGAAACAUCAACCCUCUUUGAUCCUAAUCGAUGACCUAGACAACUUCGUAAAGACGGCGGAAAGUCUGGUAAAUCGACUCCAAAAAGAGCUUAAAAGGCUAGAAAACACUAAAGUCGUAGUGGCCGCUGCCGCUCGCAGGAUAUACGACAUCGAUGCCCGCCUAAAAUCCUCAGAAGGUUUCCAGAUUGAGCUCGAAGUUUUCCCUCCGAACGUCAAUCAGAGGGAAGAUAUCCUGCGGCAGAUUCUCGGCCCGAAACUUGAGCGCUCUACUAUUGACCUAGCACAUCUGGCUGAACAAUGCCACGGGUUCGUAGGCCGCGAUAUCAAAGACCUUGUUCGGUACGCAAGAAGACGUGUCGACCGUCGAAUAUUUGAUUCUCUGGGCGAUGACGCAAAGGGUACGAUAAUCGAAGCGCUCGCAAGUACAGAUUUUGUGAGACAGGAGGAUUUCGACGCCGUCAUUGGCCAGAUCAAACCGUCGGUACUUAAGGACAGCAUUAUUGAGGUACCCAAGGUCAACUGGCAUGACAUCGCUGGAGUCGACCAUGUUCGAUCUCUUCUUGAAUCCAUCGUUGUGCGCCCAUACAAGUUUCCACAACUCGACAGCAAAUUCGGCGCCCCACAGUCACGCAAAGGCGUGCUACUAUACGGACCGCCUGGUUGCGCGAAGACGCUGAUCGCCCAAGCCGUCGCCACAGAAUCCAACCAAAACUUCCUGGCUGUCAAAGGCUCCGAGCUCAUCAAGAUGUACGUCGGAGAGUCGGAGCGAGCGAUCCGAGACGUCUUCCGUCGAGCGCGCGCCGCAAAGCCUUGCAUCAUCUUCUUCGACGAAAUCGACUCGAUUGGCAAAUCGCGCGACAAGAGCCAAGAUAGUGGCCUCAAUGUGGUGACUACGCUGUUGAACGAGAUGGACGGGAUCGAAGCACUCAAGGACGUGUUCAUCAUUGGGGCUACGAACAGGCCCGACAUGCUCGACUCGGCUCUCAUCCGUGUGGGGAGGUUUGACGUGCACAUCCACAUCGGGCUUCCCACGAAGGAAGCACGAAGACAGAUCCUCGAAAUUCAUACUAGGAAGUGGCCGCUUGCUGAAGACGUCGAUCUGGACAUAUUGGCUUCGAAAAUCGAAGGUAGCACUGGUGCGGAUAUCAAGGGCUUGUGCGCAGAGGUCGUGGAGCUCGCGAAGACGGAUCUUCUGCAGCGGGAUCCCGACGGUCCUGCUGAGGUGCGCAUGAGUCACUUCGAAAGGGCACUGGCUGAGCAUACACCGCGGACGCUUGCGGAGGAAGCCGCUAGGUAUGAGGGGUGGCGGCCGGGGAAGUCGUUGGCCGGGAAGUAA